AUAGUGUGGUAUAUUCAUCCCAAACUCUCCCGUGAGCAAUGUUCAAUGAUAAUUAAUAUGUAUUCAUUUCUUAACUGGUCAGAAUGAAGAAUGCUGAAACUUUUGACACCGUAAUGUUGUUAUGUUGCAGACAUCAAGUGACAGGUACCUGACUGAACCCUCUGGAAACCAAGAAUGGAGUGAGAGAUCCACUUCAUCCUUACAACAGACACCAAGUGACCUGACUGAACCCUCUGGAAACCAAGAAUGGAGUGAGAGAUCCACUUCAUCCUUACAACAGACAUCAAGUGACAGGUACCUGACUGAACCCUCUGGAAACCAAGAAUGGAGUGAGAGAUCCACUUCAUCCUUACAACAGACACCAAGUGACCUGACUGAACCCUCUGGAGACCAUGAAUGGAGUGAGAGAUCCACUUCAUCCUUACAACAGACACCAAGUGACCUGACUGAACCCUCUGGAGACCAUGAAUGGAAUGAGAGAUAAAUUCUCAAAAUUCUCAAAUUUUCAAAAUUCUCAUUAUUUCCUGGAAUAUCUUAUUUUGAUUAUUUUAUUUUUCCAUUUUUAAUAAAUAAUGCCUUCUUUUACAGGUGGGAAUAAGAGACGCACGUGGACAGAUUAUGAAGUGAAGGCUGUUGAGCGACAUGUUUGAUUUCAUAACAAGCCAUAAAGUUUCAGGUAAAACGAGCUGUGAGUCCUGUCUCCACGCAGAGCCAGCAGCUCUGAACGACAGAGGCUGGGUGUCCAUCAAAAACUACAUCCACAACAGGAUAUAACUGCAUUAAAAAGGGAAAUGAAUGGCUAGUCCAUUGAAAUGCGAGCACAUCUGGGUACAUUUCAGUUCAAGUUAACUAAAGCAAUAGCAAUGGUGCAUUUAGGGUGGGAUGGUCAAUUAUGGAUUUCAUAUUUGUUGUUGGAUACUGUGUUUCACGUUUGUUGUUUCAUGAUCUUCAAGAGCAAUUUGGAAAAUCCUUGAAGAUGUAUGAACAUGUAAAUUAUACUGUAUAUCAGGCAUGUCCCGAUCUGGGCCUGGAGGGCCACUGUCGUGCCUGUUUUCCAGCUCUCCCGGCUGCAUCACACCUGUUUCAGAUGAUCAGUUCAUCAGUCAGCUCUGAUGCAGCAUUAGAACAUCCUGGGAGAGCUGGAAAACAAAAAGACAGCGGCCCUUGAGGACCGACCUUGGACACUCCUGCUGUAUAUAAACGUACGUACGAUAUACAAACUUCUCACAAAAGAUAGGCUUAUUAGGUUUGAGGUGAUAUUUCGGAAAAACCCUAAAACAUUUGAAUUCAUCCUAUUUCAAGAAUGUCAAUACUUUUUGAAAAGUUGCUUUUGUCUAACGGUAGCUAAAGAAGUUGCUACACACAUGGCACAAUAUAUGGCCAGAUUCAUUAAAAAUUCUUCAUCGCAGUAUUCACAUUUUGACAUAAUCUUCUUCAGUUCAAACAACCCUCAUCUAUUGCAGUGCUUUGUGUCAUGGAGAGGAGGUGGCAUGUUUUCUGUGUUCAUAAUUUCAUAUUGUCAGCAAUUAAAAAAUAAGAAAGUGGACUGACCACAUAUUUAACCGUCUCUUCUUCUUCACAGCUUAUUUUACUAUCUUGUAUUAUUAAUGUGAAUAUUUGAGGGAUGACGGGUAUAACGACUGUUUGGCACAUUCGCCUCACAGUUCAGCAAUUGAUAUUUGAAUGUUUGAAUCUGGGCAUCCUUCCUUUGUAGAGUUCUCCCCAUGCCCGAGCAUGACAAUUGGACACAUGUGCCUAACAUAUACUGUUGGUAUGUAACAUGAGUCAAUUUAAAAAUACACACUUUACUCUUAGCUGGUCUUCAUAAGUCAUAUAUACUUGAAAAUGAUGUGUAUCCAGGGGGCUCAAAAUUCACAAAAACAUGAAAUGGUAGUGUGUUUGAGGUGACUGUCUCCAUAAUACACAAAAACCUGUCAAUGUCCUCAUAUGUAGUAGUUUUGUCAUAAAUCAAAAAAAAAUUACGUCCUAGCCAAAAUCUGAGUAGAUGGCUGUCUUCCUGAUUUUUUUUCAUGGUUACCAUAUUUUUUUGGAGCCUGUAGGACCACGGGAAAGGCAUGUACCCAUAUGUCGGGUGAACAAACGGACGUCCUGAAAAUGCACCAAAACACGUAUGUGUGUGUGUGUGUGUGUGUGUGUGUGUGUGUGUGUGUGUGUGUGUGUGUGUGUGUGCGCCUGAUGGCAGCGAGUGGUUGCUGUCAGUGUGGGGGUUGGUGGGCUCCUCAGCACGCUUGCGGCGGCCCGGUGCAGUUUGAAAGGGUGCCAUUGUUCAACAGGUCUCGCUCUGUUUGGAUUUGCAGUCCAAAUGUUUGCCUGCAGAAGAAUGCAGAUAGCAGGACAUGUGGGGGGUGCUGCAAAGGUGUUUCGCUUUCCAACACACAUGCAAGCAUAACUCUCCGACUGCCAUGCCGCUUAAACGCCUAACUUUAUGGAAGUCCUCCUCCAACGUGAAUUCCUUCAAGGAUAUACCGCCUUGUCUUCGGCUUCCAAAUUAUUCUCCGAUAAGAGAGCAGUCGUUGUUUCCGUCCAUCCAAGUUCACCAGGAAAUCUUUGUACACAGAACUCAGGAAGUCCUGGAGAUACUGUAAUCGUUAAAAUGAAAUACAUGAUCUAAAGAUGUUUACCAUCUGGUUUCAAGACAUUUCGCUUUCUGAUAGACAUUCCCACCAAGCUGACCACUUCUAGCACAUGUUGUUUGUCGCGUUAAUGGUGAAAAAGUAUGGAAAUUAUUUUUCAAUUAUUUAUUUUGGUCUCAUUUGUUUGUAACAUAUAAAGGGUGUAGACAUUUUCUACCCACUGUAUUUGUGUAUGUCUGUUUCAUUCGGAGUCGAAACUAAAAAGAAUCUUCCCACU